AUGGAACGUGUGGAACUCGCACUUCUCCAACUUGAGAUUGAGGUGGUGUUCUCUCAGCUUUUGGAGGACCUGCGUCAUGUGUUGGCGAUGUUCGGUCAGGUUACGGGAGUAGAUCAGAAUAUCGUUAAUGUAGACGAUGACGAAGCGUUGCGGUGGCCUGUCGGAGUGAUCAUGUAUCUGAAUGAGGUUGUAGGUGCUUCGCAGGUCCAGCUUGGAGAAGAUGCAAGCCCCACGGAGCUCUUCCAGGGCGGCAGGGACCAGAGGAAGAGGAUAGCUGAAUUUGACGGUUUGAGGAGUUUCCAGUCUCUCUCAGCUCCUCCUGAAUCUACAGACGUCAAUGACAAUCCCUUCAGUUCUCUCUCCUCUUUUGAUGGCGUGAGAGAAUCUGUCCAUCAGCUGAGAGACAGACUGGAGGAUUUCUGCAAAGAGAAGAAGAUCUCUGACAGAGUCACUCUCUCCAACAUUGUUCCCAGGACCAGGAACGACUUCCUACAAUAUUCCCAUCAGCUCACUCUGGAUCUGAACACAGUGAAUAAACACCUCCGUCUGUCUGAGAGGAACAGAGUGAUUACUGACACUUACCCAGAGUUUCAAUCAUAUCCUGAUCAUCCAGACAGAUUUGAUCAUUUUGCUCAGGUGUUGUGUAGAGAGAGUGUGUGUGGACGCUGUUACUGGGAGAUUGAGUGGAGUGGUGGACGUGUGUAUAUAUCAGUGUCAUAUAAGAGCAUCAGCAGGAAGGGAUCGGGUAAUGAGAGUUUCUUUGGAUCUAAUGAUCAGUCCUGGAGUUUGUUCUGCUCUUUCUCCGGAUACUCAAUCAGACACAAUAACAUACAUAAUAAACUCCGAGUAAAGCCCAUCAGCAGUAGAACAGGAGUGUGUGUGGAUCACAGUAGAACAGGAGUGUGUGUGGAUCACAGUAGAACAGGAGUGUGUGUGUGUAACAGGAGAACAGGAGUGUGUGUGUGUUACAGUAGAAUAGGAGUGUGUGUGGAUCACAGUGCAGGAACUCUGUCCUUCUACAGCGUCUCUGACACAAUGAGCCUCAUCCACACCGUCCAGACCACAUUCACUCAGCCGCUCUAUCCUGGGUUUAUGGUUUAUUAUGGAUCAUCAGUGAAACUGUGUUGAUAUAUCAGAAUAGACUGUAGAGAGAUUCUA